UCCCUCCCACCGCACUAUAUAAACUCUCUCUUUCUCUCUCUCUUAACAGCAGCAGCUCAGCUCCAAACCGAAGAGGAAAGAGGAGAGAAUCCCCAAAAAAAAAAAAAAAAAUUUAAACAACGCACAAAAAUCUCUGCGUCUCUCCUCUCCCUCUCUCUCUCUCUCUCUACAUCGCAGCUCGCCUCGGCCGCUCCAGGUCUUCCCCUAUGGACUCUAAAUCCGUCGUCGACAUGAUCGAGGCAUCGUCUGGUGCCCACUUUUCGGGGUUUCACAUGAAUGGGUUGCAGCGUACUGUUGCAGCCGAGCAGCCAUCAACCUCCUCCCCUGACAACAUGCACAAGCAACCGUUUGUGAUUGGGGUUGCUGGAGGGGCGGCAUCUGGGAAGACUACAGUUUGUGAUAUGAUCAUUCAACAGCUUCACGAUCAGCGUGUCGUGCUUGUUAAUCAGGAUUCCUUCUACCAUAAUCUAAGCGAAGAGGAACUUACUCGAGUCCAUGAGUACAACUUUGACCACCCUGAUGCAUUUGAUACUGGGAAACUACUCUCCUCAAUGGAGAAGUUGAAGCAUAUGCAAGCUGUAGAUAUUCCAAAUUAUGACUUCAAGAGUUACAAAAACAAUGUGUUUCCUGCAAGAAGGGUUAAUCCAUCCGAUGUUAUAAUCUUGGAGGGAAUACUUAUCUUUCACGAUCCUCGUGUCCGAGAUUUGAUGAAUAUGAAGAUAUUUGUUGAUACAGAUGCUGAUGUACGUCUCGCAAGAAGGAUAAGGCGGGAUACUGUUGAAAAGGGAAGAGAUAUUGGUGCAGUGCUAGAUCAGUACUCAAAAUUCGUAAAGCCUGCUUUCGAUGACUUUAUUCUCCCUACAAAGAAGUAUGCUGAUAUUAUUAUUCCUCGUGGAGGAGACAAUCAUGUAGCGGUUGAUUUAAUUGUACAACACAUAAGGACAAAGCUUGGGCAGCAUGAUCUUUGUAAAAUAUAUCCUAACCUAUACGUCAUUCAAUCAACUUUUCAGAUACGGGGUAUGCAUACUCUCAUACGUGAUUCUCAAACCACAAAGCAUGAUUUUGUCUUUUAUGCUGAUCGUUUGAUUCGUCUGGUGGUGGAACAUGGCUUGGGACACCUACCAUUUACAGAGAAACAAGUGAUCACUCCAACAGGCUCUGUAUAUACUGGCGUGGACUUCUGUAAGAGGUUGUGUGGUGUCAGUGUAAUCAGGAGUGGGGAAAGUAUGGAGAAUGCUCUCCGGGCAUGCUGUAAAGGUAUCAAAAUAGGGAAAAUUCUCAUCCACAGAGAAGGUGACAACGGUCAGCAGGUACUAAACACUAGACAGUUCCCCCUUUCCUUCUGCCCCAGUCUACUCAUUUUUGUAACCUCUUCUAUAUGUGGCAUCCAGCUAAUCUACGAGAAGUUGCCAACAGACAUCGCAGAUAGGCAUGUAUUAUUGUUGGAUCCCAUCCUCGGCACAGGAAACUCGGCUGUUCAAGCUAUUUCUCUACUCAUAAGAAAGGGUGUUCCGGAGUCGAACAUCAUCUUUCUCAAUCUAAUAUCUGCACCCCAAGGAGUGCAUGUGGUGUGCAAGGCCUUCCCGAGAAUAAAGAUCGUGACAUCUGAGAUCGAUAUCGGCCUGAACGAGGACUUCCGCGUCGUACCUGGGAUGGGUGAAUUCGGAGACCGUUACUUCGGGACAGAUGACGAUGAGCAGCAAGUGGUGCUGGCCCCACCCCAAUAAUUCCCCGAGGGUGCCUCUCUCCCUCUUCCUCUCCUGUUCUUCAUAUCCUCCGUGUCACUUUCACCCGAACUUUCGUGCCUCAUUGUGAUGUAUUUCUCCAGUCUCUAAUUUUUUUUUUGAUUCUGAAACAAUUUUGACUCCCAUCAGAACCUCCAGCUUCAUAUUUAUAAUCUCUGCUACUCGAUA